CGCUUCCGAGCCGCGGGCGCCUGGAGGAGGAGAGAACUGAGUGAAGCCCUGGUUCCUGGCCACGACCUCUGGCCCUGUCACUGCCCCUUUACCGCAGAGUUGUCUGAGGCAGAGAGGACCGCGGCUGAUUAUGGAGAGCGGAGAUCCACCGGCCACAUGGCAUGGGCUGCCGCUGCUGCUGCUACUACUGCUGCCUCCCAGCCAUGAAGGACGGGCCGUGAGACAUACUCUCCCCAGACAGAGGACUCAGGACCGGCCUGCUCUGCACCUCAGCAAUGGCCCUGGACAAGAACCUGUAACCAUCAUGACCUUUAACCUCACCAAGAUCAUAAAAACCUCCUCCUCCUUUGAGUUUCGGACCUGGGAUCCAGAGGGAGUGAUUUUUUAUGGUGAUACCAACCCAGAGGAUGACUGGUUUGUGCUGGGACUUCAGGAUGGCAGGCCUGAGAUCCAGCUUCAUAAUCACUGGGCCCAACUUACAGUGGGUGCUGGACCCCGGCUGGACGAUGGGAGGUGGCACCAGAUGGAAGUGAAGAUCCUUGGGGAUUCUGUGAUGCUGGGGGUGGAUGGGGAGGAGGUGCUGCACCUGAGACAGGUCUCUGGGCCACUGGCAGGCAAACCCCAGCCCAUCAUGAGGAGUGCUCUGGGGGUGCUGCUCUUCCCUGCCUCCAAACUCCGGUUGCCGCUGGUCCCUACCCUGGAUGGCUGCCUGCACCGGGAUGACUGGCUGGACCAGCAGGCCCAGACCUCAGCAUCUGUCCCCACUAGUCUCAGAAGCUGUGCUGUAGAGUCUCAACCUGGGAUAUUCUUCCUGCCAGGGACUGGUGCAGAAUUCAGUCUCCAAGACAUUCCCUGGCCUCAUGAAGAGCCCUGGGCUUUCUCCUUGGACCUGAGACUCCAGCUAGCAGCAGGCUCAGGCCACCUCCUUGCCCUUGGGAGCCCAGAAAACCCUUCUUGGCUCAGCCUCCAACUCCAAGAUCAAAAAGUGGUGCUGUCUUCUGUGUCAGGGCCAGGGCUGGAUCUGCCCCUCGUCUUGGGGAUCACUCUUCAGCUGAAGCUGACUGUGUCCAGGGUGGUUUUGAGCCAGGGGACAAAGAAGGAGAUCCUUGCUCUGCCUCCCAUGGGCCCUGGCUCCCUCCUCAACCUCUGGGCCCAGACGCAGGGGCGUCUCUUCCUGGGGGCUUUGCCAGGAGAGGCCUCUUCUGCAUCCUUUUGCUUGGAUGGCCUUUGGGCACAAGGCCAGAGGCUGGACGUGGACCGGGCCCUGAGCAGAAGCCAGGACAUCUGGACUCACAGCUGCCCCCAGAGCCCAGGCAAUGGCACUGACACUACCCAUUAAAUCCCCACCUAAGAACCUCCUUUGAAUGUCACUCAUUCAUUUAUUUAACAAAUAUUUACUGUGCAUCUGCAAUGUACCAGGCACUGUGCUGAGCAUCGGGUUGCAAUGAUGAGCAAAACUAACCCUGUUUCGGGACUUCCCUAGUGCCAGUGGUUAAGACUCCGAGCUCCCAACGCAGCGGGCCUGGAUUCGA